AACACCUUAUCCAUUGCCACCUCGCAAUGUAAGUAAUAAGCCUUCCUGACGAACGAUCGCUUGCUGACAACAGAAACUCAGUGGCGCAACCAUGGAUUAGAAGCGGCCAUACCUCUCUUCUACCCAAGCCAGACCCAUGGUCUGUCCGAGCCGUCCUCAAAGACCUGCCGAACCCGCCAGUGGAGAACACAUUUUCGCCAGUUUCAUUUUUCCACUACGUCGAGCGAUUGAAGGUUGAAAAGCGCGAAGGAUGGCGACGAUUUGGCAUCUCAAAAGGCGAAUCGAUUGGAGACCACAUGUACCGCAUGUCCAUUAUCACCAUGCUUGCACCCCCUGAAUUGAGUUCGAAACUGGACAUCCCGCGGUGUACGAAGAUGGCGCUGAUCCAUGAUAUGGCUGAAGGACUGGUCGGCGACUUGACUCCUGUGGAUGGCGUCCCGAAACCGGAGAAGAGCAGACGUGAGGCAGAGACCAUGGAUUGGGUGACUGAGUCUCUGCUGGGCAAGGUCCACGGUGGCAUACCAGGAAAAGAGAUCCGCGCAGUCUGGCAAGAGUACGAGGAUAGUGAGACUUUGGAGUCCAAAUUCGUGCAUGACGUCGACAAGAUUGAGCUGAUCCUGCAAAUGGUUGAAUACGAGCGGUCGAGCAAUUGUGAAGUUGACCUCAGCGAGUUCAGCUGGGUAUCGAGAAAAAUCUACUUGGAUGAGAUGAAGGCAUGGGCGCAAGAGAUCUUAGAUGAGAGAGCAGAGUUGUGGAAGAGCAAGAACAUGCAGCCCCGCGAGCCAACAACGGCAGCAACAAUCAAGGAGCAGCAAAAUGAGUACUAUGGCAAUGGUGACGCCGCUACGAAUGGAAAAGAAGAGGCAAAUGGACAUGCAUAAUGGGAGAUGAAAUGAGGUGGCACCAUGAGGUCUGUGUUGUGACUGCUGUGUAACGAUUGAUACCCAGAAACGUGAAGCGAUAGACGGCGUGCAAAUGCAACAAUGGCAACAAGUUUGGAUCAA